AUGGAUCUGCUUCCCAAGUACCUCAACGAGUUACAGGACUCGAACAAAAUGAAGAGGUGCGUAGCAUACAAGAAAAUACACGAGCUUGUCAAAGCACAGAGGGGGAAUCUCUCAAAAGACGACGAGUUUUCAAUUAUUCGGUCAUGUCUAAAGGGAUUUGAGGACACCUCGGAGCGCUCACGAGAAGAGGCGGCACAGAUAACAAUCGAGCUACUACCAGGCCAAGACGCGAGCAUUUUGGACUGGGUUCUUCCUUCUGUUGUCACGCGCAUUGGGAUUGUGCCAGUUGCUGAAGAGAGCGAAGAGAUCAGGCUUCUUCUUCUUCGACUCGGGACGGCCUGCAUGACGUGCUUUCCGCACGAUAUCGGACCGCGGAACUACAUUGAUUUUUUUCUGGUGCUGCUAGAGAACUGCUUUCGUGACCCUUUCCCAGACCUCAAGAAGGAAGCGUGCAAGGCAGCUUGCCAACUGUGCUCCAUCGAGCCCAAGCAAGUAAAGGUGAUUAGUACACCGCUGGCAAAAGUUCUGAAAAACUCGUGUCUUCUACACAAACACAGCGCUGUACGGUGCGAGGCGGCCCAAACACUGGCUGUUUUGUUUCGAUGCGGAGCCUCUGAGGCACUGAGAGACGGAAAGGACGAGGUAGAGAACAAGACAAUGGCAUCGGAGCUGUUUGUCCUCUGCAACGAUCACAGCGAGCCAGUUCGCUUAGCAGUCAUCUCAGUUUUGUCAUGCGCAUUGCUGGAUGUCAAGGAGCGGCUAGAGAUGCACGCAAAAUACCUACCACAUCUCCUGCUUCUUGUGACUGAUUCGUUUGAUGGUGUUCGCAACAUGGCGCGGAAAAUUUUGGAGCGAGUCGGGCAGCUUUAUAUGAUCGACAACGAGGACAACCGGAUAGAUAUGGCGAACAGGCGCGUCACCAUGAAGGAUAUUGAAUGGUACGGCGAUGACGAGUAUCCUUCCAUGAAGUUCACGGCACCGUCACCAGAGCACAGCGACCUCUUUCAGAGCCGCCCCAGCCUGGGCACUCGCUACGUCGUCGCCGAGUCCGCUCGGGCUUUCCUCGACAAGAUUCUGAAGGAGAUUACCGCUGUCGACUGGAUGAUUCCUUUCUCCACGAAUAAUCGCAGGGUGGUAGCGCUUAGGUUGUUGUGGACAACCAUCUAUUACUGUGAGAAGUCCUGUGUGCAGUUCACCGAGCGCAUCCUUAGCGCUGUGUACAAAGCGUUCGGUGACGAAAAUGAUGAGGUCAAGCAGGAGGCAACAUUUUGUGUUGAGAUGCUGGGGAAGUUCCUGGUCCCUGAGCAGUAUUUGCCGUUUCUUAUCGCGAAGCCGGCCGCGAACGCUGACCCUUACGAGGAUGUGUCUGUUAUCGAAAGGUCGCACAACAAAACUGUGGUGCUCACUUCUCUCGACGAUGCGUGCAGACCGACGCCAACGCUGUUUUCGACUGCAGGUGUGACAGUCAAAUGCUCGAUUCUUCAAACGCUGGGGUACCUUAUCGAGGGUUCUAAGGAGAAGCUGACACCGGCUCACUCUACCCGAAUUAUUCAAGCAUUGACGGGAAGCGAUUUGAUCGAGUGUGAGAACGAGCAUCUUCUGGCUGCGCUUCUUGAGACUCUUGAGAAAGUCAUUCCAGUCUUUGUGGCAAAGGGCUUCAUUGCCUCCCCGGAGCACCCUCUCCCCGACGAAGUGCUCCGCGACCCAAAGCAGAGAACGCUGGAUUCUAUUAUUCUUUACUCUUUGUUGCGUAUCAAGAGCACUGAGAUGCCCGCGAUUCAGCUGAAAGCUGGUGAGGCAAUUACAAUGCUGUCGACACUGGUCACGGACUCACUUACUGGUAUCUAUACCCUGCAUGCAGGGCGACUACUGUCCCGUUACGGGGCGGCGCUUCCGGUCAGCGCUUUCAGUGACCUGGUACUGAACGCGGACAGUAUUGACACGCUCGGCGGAGUGCUCACAGACAUUUUUGAAUCACGACUGACGGACAUAAAUUUUGCAGUCAAAGUCACAGAGGAGCUGCGCUACUUUACUGUUCUGGAACAGCUUCUCUGGUGCAGAACAGACGCCUUUGCGCCAAGCGAAACCAGUGAACUUCUGCGCGCCGUUGUCCUCCCGUUGUCAGCCUUUCAACCGGGCAACACCGCACACCUCUUCCGUAAAGUGGCGGUGAACUGCCUGUGCGCUCUCCUUGACCCGGUGUACUGCGAUGCCCUACAGGCGGAGCUUGUGAAAAACAGCAACGCUUUAUCAACUACGGUCGUAAACGCCUGGUGUGCAGCUUCCGACGCCGACGACGGCGAGAUGCGACUUGUUUGUAUGUCGGCCCUUGGCGAGGUAUCCCGCUUGCCAAUGGUCAAAGGUGCAGCGCACGAGAUAAUUCAAUCCGUGAUUCUGCGCUUCGACGAUUCAAACGACGCCAUCCGUCUGCGUACUUCCAACGAGCUGACCCGACUUCUUGCCGACGACUGGGGCGCGUCACCGUUUGUUGUCGAUGAGGUAUCGGCACAGGUAGUGCCCCUCGCGAAGAAGAUGCUCGUCUACCUGGAUGACACGGAGGAGACGAUCGGCAUCCGGCCUUCUCUGGCAGAGGCCUUGAAAAGGCUGGGUGAUAUUUCGCCGCACAUUGUUGUUAAUCUAACUCGGUUGGCGCUUGAGCGACACGCAGAGAGGGGUUACUGUCAAGACGUGCUAAACUACCUGGAAGCCAAGUACUAA